ACCGGUGUCAACUCCGCAUGCAGUCAGAUGAAUGCAUUCCAGACACAGUGUGGUUAACGACCUCAGCACUGAGCGCAAUGCCUACUUGUACACAGAACGUGGAAGAGGAGCCCUUGACAUGGUGGUCAUCGUCCUCUUAUGUAGGACGGCAGCCUGACCAGAACGUCGAGGAGGUGUACAGCGAAAGCCACAGACUCGCCGUGGAGGAGUUGGUCGCCGGAGGAAUCGAUGCCUACUAUGCGUUCCUGACUAAAGAACGUGUCCGAAACUUUCUUUCUGACGACGAGAUCGAGUUUAUUUUGCACACAGCCGUGCCACACGAAAGUCCGCCCCAGCCCGGAGACAGCAGUUCCUACGUUCUGCACGACACCACAUCUCUUGCCUAUUUCCCAAAUGUGUCCGACAUAGAAGCCCCGACCCUUGAUAUUGGAUGGCCCGAGCUAAACCCAUAUAAAUUGCGAGGACCUACCACAUCCGUGGCACACUUUCAUCCAAACUAUGCUGCCUAUACACCCGUUGAGCGAAUCUACACUUGCAAGGAGGCGGCGAGGAGGAUGAUCAAAAGCGCAAAAGAGGCCAUCGCAAUAGUGACAGACAACUUCACGGACCUGGAUAUCUUCCGAGACCUGCAGGAGGCCUGUUCUCGGCGCAGGGUGCCCGUGUACAUCCUGCUGGACCAAGAAGCCGUGCCAGCUUUCUUGCAGAUGUGCAAAAACUCCGAUGUGCGCUUGGCAGAACUCCAGAAGAUGCGUGUGCGGGCUGUCGCCGGUUUCAGGUACUUCACGCGUUCCGGAGUACGCAUCACCGGAAGAGUCCACGAGCAGUUCAUGUUGGUGGAUGGCAAGAAGGUUGCCAUGGGCACGUACAGGUUCAGGUGGACGGACGGCCGCAUCAACACCUGCAACCUGAUCGAGCUGACAGGCGAGGUGACGGAGCAGUAUGAGCAGGAGUUCCAGCGGCUCUUCAAGAAGUCCCUGGCCAUCAACACUAAAGCCACACUUCCUCCUCAAGGCCCCCAGGUGGCCCCUCUCACCCGUGCGAGUCUCAGCCCCACAAAAACACCCACCACUGCUCCCAGGCCCAACCCCGGCCAAGGCCUGGGGGUUCUUCUGACCUCCAUAGCCCCAGUCAUCACUCCUCCUCCUGCUGCCCCAGCCCCAGCCCUGCCUAAUCCCCCUGCAGCGCCUCGAGCUGUCAUGCGUACCACCUCCACUCAGACACUUAAGCACCACCUGACGCAAGGCACUCAGACGACAGCACCAAAACCAGCCCCGGCACCAGCUAUUCCUCAGCCAUCUACUCCGGCAGUGGUACGGCCGGUCAUGCGCUCCACCUGCACCCAGACACUCAAGCACCACCUGACCCAGGGAACACAGACUGCCCCCCCAGCACCAGCACCAGUACUCGCACCAGCACCCGCACCCGCACCCGUAGCUGUGAAAACUAUCACGGUACGGCGGGUCGUGCGCACCACCGGCACCCAGACCUGCAAGCGGCUCCUGACCCAGGGCACGCAGACCGCAGAGGCCACACAGGCCACGCCGGCUAUGCGGACUCCGCUGACCUCGCUUUACCAGCCUCCUCGCGUCGUCCUUAGCUCCGUCUCGUCCACCGAGACCGACUCAGACUCGGCCUGCUCCACCCCCACAGAGACAGUUCCUGCACCGCUAUUGCAAACAAAGGCCUCACUGUGUGCCAAGACGACAACGACUUGCCCCACCCAAGUGACAUCUUACACCCUCAGGUUGACGGAGCAGAACACGUUGAAAGACAAACAACAGCAACCGGAACCGAAAUCAAACUACUCUGGAUAUAGCACGCUGUCCACCGUGUCGAACCGAGACUGGUCCUCACUGUCCAUAAUAUCCACCUUGCACAAGGGUUGCAAGGUCCAACAGAAUAUGAGACCAGGACCUGGGCUCCAUGUGAAUAGCAAGCUUAUGGUUGCACCGAUCAGGUCUAGGUUUUUGCAAUGAGAUCGAGAUGCAUAGACGGGACAGAUAUGACAGAUAUGACUUAUUUAGGAAUAGAGGCUGUAACAAAAAGUGAAAAGUUGCUUGGAAUACGAAAAAGUCUGCUGGGCAGUGAAGUAGUCCUGCUUUCAUAAGCUGUUAUUUGAAAGGAAUGGUUAAAGAAUGUUGCUGAAGGUUUAACUGAAUGUUUCCACAAAGAUGGACUGUGUAGAAACGUCUUUAGAGGAGUGCAAGUUAGGAGAAUUUUAAAGAAUCUGAGCUGGCUAGCUAAGUUUGCUGCAAUGUGAAAAGCAGUUUAAAAGGUAAUAAGGGCUUCCGUUGAAACUGUUACUUUUCCUCUCCAGUGCCUAUUUACAGGAGAGGUUAAUGUGCAAGGUUGGCACUUCCACAGGGCUGUCACAAGAGGCUAGGUCCUCCAUUUUGCCAAGGUGAGCAGUUUUCAUGGCGCACUGAUGGUGCAGUGUUCUGUUGGUUCAGUCAAAACUUUGUUCCGUUUCACUGUCAUGUAGCGCCAAAUAUUUAUGGCUCACCCCCUCUUCCUGUCUCUUGAGCCAAGUUUGACCUGGUGAAGAGCCCCAUUAAGUGACCUUAUGUUAGAAUCUGAUCAUGAAAUUGAUCGUGAUUAAUAUUUUUUUUUGCUUUUAGAAAGAACAAUGUGUACUAUACUUACAGGGUGAUGGGUAUUUUGGUUAUAUGAGCUAGGCUGAAAGCUAUGAGGAAAUGAAAAAAGAAGGAAAAAUAUAUAUUUUGUGUGCCAAAAAGGACCACACACAAAAGGUCUACGUUUCUCCAUUUGAAAACAAAAUGUGGGUGUUUAAGUCAACAGACCAGCCAAUUGUCUUUGUGGUGUUAUGUGGCUGGACCAUUACAUUUUUGUGUACAGGGUGAAAGAGAAAAACAAUAUUUUAUGUUGGAGACACUUCAAUAUUGUACAGAUGCACAUUGGGAGUACAAAAUGCUGGCUUAUAUGAUGCAAUAGCAAACCUAUUCCUACUGAAUAUACACAGCGAUGACCCAAUUCUCUCUACUAAUCGGCUGAUGUUUGUGCUCUGUCAAUGCCAAAAUAUUAUUUGAGAAUAGUGCACAGAUAUCUGAAUCUCGUGUUUUUUUUGUUGAACUUUUCCAUUCUUUUUAAAAAAAAACUUUGUAUUGUGUUUUUAUACGGUGGUUGAUGAAAAGAAGUUGGCAUGCCUAAACAUGCACUUGCCAGGUGGAUUUUAAUGGCAUUUAGUCAGCUUAGUGUGGUCUUUUGUCAACACAAUAUGUGCGUGUCAGGACCAUAUGUGUGUAUCAAGACAAUAUCUGUGUGUGGAGGAGUGAGUGUGUGUGUAUUGAAUGGUAUGACAAUGGGCAGUAAACUAAAUAAACGUGUGUGAAUUUCU